UCUCUGCAGCCCAUGGGAUCGGAGCGGAUGGAGAUGCGUAAGCGGCAGACUUCGGUGCAGCAGGAGAUGCCGGGCUCUGCACAGCCACAGCAGGGUGCUGGGAACCGUGGCUCGAAUGCCUGCUGUUUUUGCUGGUGCUGCUGCUGCAGCUGCUCAUGUCUUACUGUUAGGAAUGAAGAUGAUGAACGAGCAAGAAGAAUGUCUCAGGAAGCUAGAGGAGGAAGCCUGCCAAACUGUGAAGAAAGCCCAAAGCCAACACUUGAAGAAGUACAGUCCUGGGGUCAGUCUUUCGACAAGUUAAUGAAAAGUCCUGCUGGAAGAAAUGCAUUCAGAGAAUUUUUACGAACAGAAUACAGUGAGGAGAAUAUGCUGUUCUGGCUAGCCUGUGAGGACUUAAAGAAAGAAGACAACAAAAAUCUUGUUGAGGAGAAAGCAAGAUUAAUAUACGAGGAUUAUAUAUCCAUUCUUUCACCUAAAGAGGUUAGCCUUGAUUCCAGAGUGCGUGAGGUCAUCAACAGAAACAUGCUUGAACCUACUCCUCACACAUUUGAUGAUGCACAGCUUCAGAUUUAUACGUUAAUGCACAGAGACUCUUACCCGAGAUUCAUGAACUCUGCAGUCUACAAAACCCUGCUUCAAUCCUUAACUGAUACAUCAUCAGAACCUUAA